AGAUUGUUAUCUUCUCAAACUGCAGCAGCCUCCUUGCCUCAAGGAAACAACAAAACACUCCCGUGGAAGGAGAAGCUCACUCCAGAUCUCCCAGAGAAAGGGUCCUGGCAGCAGCUGGAAGUCUUCCUACCUGCUCAUUCUUUCCCCAGAGAAGCCUGAGUUUCAGUGAGGAUGGAAUCGCUCGAGACAGCAAGUAACUUGAGCCUCCAACAAGCUGAACUCCGACUCUGGCACGUCAUACUGAUCGAAGUGAUUGCCCUCCUUCUUCAGGCGGUUCUCCUCUUAAUCCUGUACAUUUUACUCCGUAGGCAAAUAGCCAACUACUAUUGCCAAACGGUGAAAGCUGUAAGUGUCCAGGCCCAGACCCAGGCACCAAAGAAGCCAGAAGGCAAUCAUGAUCUAUCUGCUUUGAAAAAGACAGGGUCUAAGAGGAAUGUUCCAGGUCCUGCCCUGUCUUAUAAGGAUGAUAGUGGCAGUGACAGUGAUUCCUCCUCACAUAGCUCUGACAGUUCAGAAAGAUAUCCUCCAGCUUCCAACAGAAAGGCACUCAAUGAUAUGAAUUACAGCACCCUGGUCUUUCCAGCCUCUGUUUCCCGAAUGACUUUGUCUCUUGAUGACUAUGAGAACAUAAAGGCAGCUGGUGAUUAUGUCAAUGUGGACCCCAAGAAUCGUAUGAAUAAUGCCUGGAAUUUCAGUAACUCCUUCUCUUCUGAGCCAGUGGAGUACACAGAAGUGGCUAUGUGA